CCAGGCCGCGGCCCGUUUGGCUUUUCCUAUAAACGCAGCCGGGUCUCCCCGAGACGGCCGGCGCAUUUCUCCUUCACUCUCCACCGGCGCGACCAACGACAAGCAGCAGCACCACCAACAAUGCUCCGGCUCUCCCGCUUCCUGCCCUCAACCUCCAGGAAGGUCUCUGACCUAAAAGAUGUUUUAUGGAGUGGUUCAGUGACUUUCGAGCAUGCUCUUUCGACAUCGGCAGCAAAUGUUGAUGAGAAUGCAUCUGCUAGGAAGUUUGCGAGCUACACUGUGUUCAAGGGAAAGGCUGCACUUUCUAUAAGUCCUAUUCUGCCUAAUUUCACCAAAAUCGAAUCUGGAGGAUCUCGAGUGAAAAAGAAUGGGUCAGUAAUGUUGACUUUUUUCCCAGCAGUUGGACAAAGGCAGUAUGACUACUCAAAGAAGCAGCUCUUUGCUCUGUCACCUACUGAAGUCGGAAGCUUGAUAAGUCUUGGGUCUGCUGAAUCUUGUGAAUUUUUCCAUGAUCCUUCCAUGAAAUCAAGUCAUGAAGGCCAGGUGAAAAAAUCAUUAUCAAUCACUCCUCUUGGCAAUGACAAUGGAUACUUUGUGAACAUAACUGUUCUGAACAAUGUGCAGAAGACAAACGAACGUCUUUCUGUCCCUGUAACAAAAGCUGAAUUUGCAGUUAUGCGCACAGCAUUGAGUUAUGCUUUGCCGCACAUCAUGGGCUGGGACCAGGCCCUAACAAGUCACCCUCAAAGCCCCACGGCCCCAGCUAGCAAGCCCAGGGUGGAGCGCCCACACCCAGAUUCUGAAUGGGAAAGGUGAACCUUGAUUGUGGCAGCAGAUCGGCACAGGGAGGAGUCAAACCACUAUCAUAUGGAAAUUGGGAUGCUUGAACUGUGUUUCCUUCCAGAUCAAAUUAGGGAACCUUUUGUAUGAAAGUUUAUGGUCCGAAGAGAUUGGAGUUAGGAUGGAGCACCACGAAACCUUGUGUCCGUUCAGUGCAUGUCUACCCCCCAGUGCUAAUCUCCAUUCUAGUUUAGCUGUCUUCCUUUUGAUGAUUGCUCAAUGUCUGUUUAAUCC